AUGCACUGGGUAAAUAAGGGUCAAUGUCCUGAAUUCGCCAAGAAGCUCAGCCAGACUGAAGUGAAAGCAGAGCGCCAGAUCCUGCCGGGAAUAGCUGGCCUAACAUGCGCACAGAGGUUUGAUUCACCGACGUCUGCCAGAGAGUCACCCCAGCUGUCGAACAAGGUCACCGGCAUGUACCCCAACUCACAGUCGGUGAGACACCCGGCUCAGACACUGUCACUGAACGGUCAGUACAUCCCGCCUUCGUAUGACUUCACCGGGUACCAUCAUCAUCAUGUCUCAGGAGUCGGUGACUUGUCCAGCGCCUGGAACCCUGUUUACAACCCCCGGGAUGAAUAUCCGUACAGCUUCACGGGUUCGAGCCCCAGCGCCAGCCAGGUCACCUUCACCUCCCCGGAGCUGAUCGGGACUCCCUCCAUCGCUGGAGAGGGGUCACUUACCCCGUACAGCUUCAUCCCCGGGCAGGACACCUUCAGCUCCAGGAGGAGACCCCAUGAGUCCAUCAGACAGACAGCUUCAGGGGGGAAGACGCGCACCAAAGACAAGUACAGGGUGGUGUAUACCGACCACCAGCGAAUGGAGCUGGAGAAGGAGUUUCAGUAUAACCGCUACAUCACCAUGAGGAGGAAGUCGGAGCUGUCGAUGACACUGAGCCUCUCUGAGCGACAGGUGAAGAUCUGGUUUCAGAACAGACGUGCCAAAGAGAGGAAGAUCAACAGGAAGAAGCUGCAGCAAUCCCAACAGGCCUCCACAACUACACCUACCCCCCCUGUACAUGGUGGAGCCACUGAAUCUCACAAUACCACCAGCCCCAGCAGCAACAUUUUGUCAGAUAUAAAAUCAGAGGAAUACUAGGUGGAUCUCAUAUUGAGGACUGACAAAGUAUGUGAUGUGUAAAUAGUUUGCUUUUUUUAAAAAUAAGUUUACCACAGAAUGAAUGAAGGUGAUUCACGUCAAUGCUGCACCUCCUCCAGUUUACAAAGACAUGCACUGAUUAUAUGUUAACAGGCAUUUACUAAUCACUGGACUUCUUUCACUUCGUAUGAAUCAUUUUCAGCAUCAGGCUAAAGUGUCACUUGUGAAGCGUAUGUGCAAAUGUUAAGACAUGUUGCUUGAAGGACAGUGAAACGUCAUUUUUAGAAGUUUCCUCUUUAAUGUAAAAGGACAUUCCUGAGGAUGUUGCUGAAAAGAGUAACAAUGCAUGUAUGGUCAAGUUUCUGCUACAUGAAUGAGAGAAAGGAAUUAGUGUCUUUUCUCUCUCUCUCUCUCCCUGUUUGCUCUAAGUGCACGAGGGAAUAAACAGGAAUAAUGUAGAUCCACAUGUAUCAAAACAUAGCCCCACCUAUUACUUAUUUUUAUGGAAGUAAAAUGGCACUAAUGUGUUUCUAUAUGGCAACUUGCAUUUGCAGGAAAUCGAAAAAGAGCAAAGUGUUGGUCUGUUUCUGGUGUUGAAAGUAGGGGGGAAAUCAUAAACAAUGGUUUUAAAGUUCUAUCUGUUGAAAUAUUGAUGUAGGAUAUGUCAUGGAAAUGGAUCAUUCAAAAACUGUACACCAAUGGGUUUCAGUUAGGAAGGCAGCUUUAUAUAGCCCAGUAAUGGGGUGAAUGCACAGAAAUGAUAAUAAAUACUAAGGUGAAGAAGGAAGACUUUGACACGAAAGCCAGUUUUUUUAUUCAGAUUUUACACUGUGCUACAUCAAAGAAAUGAGAACAACAUGCUUAAAAUUGACCAUGAAAUGAAACGUUCAGAUAGCAGGGUUUAGCCACAUCCUGAAAAACUGCUGCAGAUUGCUCAACCACAUGACUCGUGAUGUACAGUCACUGUGCCGCUUAACCCAGACAUUCAGCCUUGUCAUGAACUGGGCGACUAUUUUAAGCGAAGAAAUCCACUGCUGCCCUAGUUUUUUUGGGACUCAUUGGUUGUAUAUAUGAAAUGUUAAUGUAUGCACUAUACAUGUAAGAAAAGUUUACACGCUUUGACGUUUUUCCUCUUGUAAUUUUAAAGAAGCAGAAGAAGUGGUGUUGUGCAAAAUUUAGCACUGGGGGAUUUUUUUUUUUUUUUUUUCAAAAUAAACCACUGAACCACCAACUUUGUGCAAUGUAUGCAGUUAUGUGAGCAGUGAUACAGUAAGAAAAAUGUCCAUGUUUUCUCUUUCAGUUGGCUGGUUUUGACGUUUGUAAAACAUGUUGUACUAGCUCAGCACAGAGGUUUUAUUAGUUGGGUUGUUUGUUGUGUUUGCAUGGAGCAAAGAAAGAAGCUGUGGGUCUUUAACUCCACCACAAGUUUCGAAAAUGUUUCCACAGAGAAAAGCGUCCUGUUCACUAAUGAAGAAAUGCACUGAUGCCAUAAAGCUUUACCUGCCGCUAAGUACAAAAAUUUAAUGAAAUUAUGGCCUGAGAUGAUUUCAAUCUUGUUCCAUUCAUUCUCUUUUAAAAUAUAAAACAAUACAGACGAUACUACUGUUGUUUCUUAUAACACUGCAUUUAUUUCUGUACAUACAGCAUUUAACAGCUGUACUGAAUAUGACACAAGAAGUGAAUCAAACCAUUUGAAAUCAAAUUAUUUCCUUGCUGACAAAACUCUUUUUUUUCUAAAGACUCGAUUGAGUCAAAAGCUAGCAUGCUCAUGAUCAAGGAAUUGGCACCAGUCUUGGUUUUAUAGUUCAGUACCUUUGGCAUGGCAAGGUAGCAUCACGUGAAAGUGUCACGACAAUGAUAAAAUCACCUGGCUUUCAUGUGCAAAAAAUAAAUGAUUAAUUGUGGCUCCAAGAAUCAAAAGUUAACAUGCAACAGUCGAACCUCUUUCGAUUUCUUGUAUGUCACACACACACUGGAAGGUAAACAGCUAAAACAAUACUGAACAGGUUAAUGCUCAUAGGAUUACAACAGCGUACAAAUUAGUAGUGGCUGACUGGUCAGAUGAUCAGGAUGAGACGAUGAGGAUCUCAGGUGGUUGUUUAAGGACACUACAACUAUCAUGGAUCGUAAAUGCCAAUUUUAUGGCACCUGUAUUCGUGACUCAGCUGAAUGGUAGUUCUUGGUUGUGAACCUUUAACCCCAAACUAUCAAAUCAAACAAGCAACUUCUGUGUUUGAUUAAACCCACGGCAAGAAAACAUCUAAACCUCUCGGGUCGAAUUUAAGCACAGGAUGUCACAAACUAGAUACAAACAGGAAAAAUAUCCAAAAAUUAAGAAGAAAA